AAAGAAAAAGUGUUUUAAAAGAUAUUUGGAAAAAAGCAGCACUUACCGGUGUGUUACAUCCAUUUACGUUUAAUUGGAAAGACCCAACAAAGUCACGUGAUCCUGCACCUACAUUAAAUCUGGUUUUCUAGAGCGACGCUCAAACUUAAUUAGUAUACGAUGAAAGAAAUGGCGCACCAUACUUCAACAAAAACUAUGGAUUCAAUUAAGCGGACUACGAGAUCGUUAGAUAAGUAGUGUUAAUGAAGACAGUAACGGAAAGCUGAGGGCUAGGACUUUACAAUACACACUGGAAAGUAAUUCUUCAACGAAACAUUUAUAAUUUAGUGUUAAAACAAGUGUGUUUCUACGGUCACUACAACAGAAACGCUUACAAUUUUAGUGUAGUGUGUUUAAAUAUAAUUCUUCUGAUUACAGUAGUGUAUAUUGCAAAAUAGGAACUAAAACAUGUAAACAAGAAGUACUCAACUGCGCAACUGACAUUUUUUUCUCCGUACUUGCGGCUGACGACGUCGCGUGCACGCGUACAACAGUGCGUUCGGAUUAAUCAAAAUAAGGGAACUAUUUAAAUUACAAACAAUGUCUGCAGAGACGCCUAUGGACGAGACGGAAAUCCACGAUCUCGUGUUGAUGUUUGCUAAUUCCCGGAUACCACGUGGCUCGGACGCCUUUCAGACGCUGAAAUACGACUUUAUGAGGGGCGACACGCCGGAACCGGUGCUUAAGGACGAUACCAAUGACGCAUCCGCAAAGGAAAACCUCGACGAGGUCGACGGCAUGGUCCCGCCUCCGCCCAUGAAGACAGCGCUAAAGGAUUCCUCCAAAAAGCCAAAGAAAUCCGUGCGGAUGACGACGCCGCCGAAGUCUCUAUCGCACGUGCACUGGUCCGACGGAAACGAUCGGAACUUGGCGUCUAGUCUAAAACCUACUCAUUCCGCGCGACUGUUCGUGAAAACAACGCCGAAGCCUAUACUAAAACACGAGGACAGCUUAGUUGUUGGCGGUGAUAUUGAACGCAAAACUUGAUGAUGUAUUCGCAUAAGACUACAAAGUCAAACCCGGACUGAGACUGCAAGGAGUCCAAAACGAUUGUGUUCGAAUUUCCCCUUAAAAGUUAUUUGUUUCUGUACAAUAUUGUUCUGUUUAAAUUAAACAAUAUUAUUUAUUACUACUGUACUAGAAACCGAAACCAUGUAUAAAAAAAAACCCGGAAUAUAUUACUUUGCCAAUUACCAAGCGAUAGAUUGAGACAAAAUGUAAUUUAUGCGUAACAUGAACGUAUAUACUGUUAAAGUGUGUGCGUAUUGCGGUUUGUGCUUUUACUGGAUAUGUUUUGUUUUCUUAAUGAUAAGCAAAUGGAAUAAACAUUUUUAAAGUA